AUGCAAAGCGGCAAACUGCACCUGGUAGCCACCGUAGCCANCAAGGUGCAACUCACCGCCGCGCUGGCUCAGCGUGGCGGUGAGGAUGCACAGACGGUGGAAGUAGCAAGAGGUGUGACGCGUGAGUCGGAGGGUAAGGCUGCUGAGUACAACUUUGAGGUCCCGGCGCAGGGGUCGCUACCCAAUGCGAACCGCAAGAACGGCGUCAGCAAAGAAGAGAUAGCCUCCGUCACUCGGACGUACUUCAAAAAGAAUUUUCCACAAAAGCUCGAGAAAAAGGCUGAGACGUACAUGAGGGAGAAGGGGUGGGGGUUGAUUUGGACACCGCCGUACAUGCCGACUUUCCAGCCGAUUGAGCUGUUCUGGCAGCACGGCAAGCAUUACUUGAGCAUUCAUUUUGAGAAGGGGCGGAACAUGUUGGAUGUCUGGAAGCAAAUCCGUCUCGGUUGCUAUGGAGACCCGGAAUGGGACAGUCAGGAGGGGUGGUGGAAGGCAGCCAACUGUGGAAAGUUGGUGCAGCAUGCCAUUGGCAAGAUGGACGAGUGGAUCGGCCUGUAUGGUGGAAACCUGAGCGGUACGAUCGGUAGCCUUGAGUAUCCAGUGGCAGAGUACCAAGAGGCUACGGCCGAGGAUGAGAUAGAGGAUGGAGUGGAGGAGCAGACGGAUGAGUGGCUGGGUGAGGACGCGGAAGAUGCCAUUGAGGGCUGAAAAAAAUGCCACAAAAAAU